CCUUUCGCUGUUGUUACUUGCAGGGAGCACAGAAUGAAAGAAGGCAUGUCUAAUAACAGCACUACCAGCAUCUCUCAGGCCAGGAAAGCCGUGGAACAGCUGAAGAUGGAAGCCUGCAUGGACAGGGUGAAGGUCUCCCAGGCAGCCUCAGACCUCCUGGCCUACUGUGAAGCCCACGUGCGGGAGGACCCUCUCAUCAUCCCGGUGCCUGCCUCAGAAAACCCCUUUCGGGAGAAGAAGUUCUUCUGCACCAUUCUUUAACCCCCAUAGUGUGGAACCGGGCACUUCCCUGUCAUAAGAAUCCUGAGUAGAGACCGUGCAU